UGUGAGAAACAAAUAUGGCUGAUGUACGGAGCGUUAGCAUUACCGAAGAAGGUUGCAACAACAAUUCGCUGCGGCGAGAACAGUUGAUAAUCGGGAGGAGAGAUAUGAAGAGGAUCACAGUUUUCCUAACCGCAACUGUUUUGAUGCUCCUAGUGUGCUACCGUUGGGAAUCUCCCAUCCAGCCGCAGCUUCUCGGUUUUUCCGCGUUUACGUCGCUGCAGCCGAUCCCGACCAAACAAGACUCUAACAAAACCAAUCUCUAUGAAUCAAAAGAUGUGAGAAGUUUGGAAGAUAUCAUGAGAGAAGCAGCGACAGAGGAGAAAACGGUUAUAAUAACUUUCUUAAACCGGGCCUGGGCUGAACCAAACUCGAUAUUCGACUUGUUUAUCGAGAGCUUUCACGUCGGCCAAGGGACUAAGCGGUUGCUCCGUCACCUUGUGGUGAUAUGUCUAGACGAGAAAGCCUACUCACGGUGCUUGAAAGUCUAUCCCCACCGUUGCUACUUCUUGAAGACCGCAGGAGUUGAUUUCUCCGGCCAGAAGAACUACAUGACGCAAGAUUAUCUCAAAAUGAUGUGGCGUCGUAUUGAGUUCUUGGGCUCCCUCUUGAAGCUCGGAUAUAGCUUCAUCUCCACGGACAUGGAUAUAAUGUGGCUUCGAGAUCCAUUUCCUCGUCUAUUUUCAAAAGGAGAUUUCCAAGUCUCUUGUGACAGCUACAAUGGCAACUCUAUGGACAAGAGAAACCUCGUCAAUACCGGUUUCUAUUUCGUCCAAGCCAACCAAAGAACUGUCAAGUUCUACAAUUACUGGUACAGUUCAAGGUCGAGAUUCGGAGGCAAGAAAGAUCAGGACGUGUUCAACAAGAUCAAACACGACCGUUAUAUCACGAAAAAACUCGGGCUUACGAUAAGGUUUCUCGACACGGUUUACUUCCGAGGAUUCUGUCAAAUGAGGCGUGAGAUGAGCAAAGUAAUCACUAUGCAUGCCAAUUGUUGUUUUGGUCUACAGAACAAGAUUUUUGAUUUGAGACAAGUGCUUGAGGAUUGGAACGCUUACAUAUCUGCGGCUGGGACAGUCGAUGGCCGGAAAAUGAGAUGGCGAUCACCGGAUCAUUGCUGGGGAAGAGUGAAAAAAACUAAGAAGACAAGGGUUUAGUGAUCGAUGCAA